CAUUCGCUCGGCGCAGGGCGCAGGACCAUCGCUGGACCGGUUGCAGUUCAGAAUGCAGCAGUGAGGAAAGGACGCCGUUUGCCUGUGCUGCUCGGUUGCGCGUUGCACGCGUUCGUCUGUGUUGUCUUCCUUUGUGAGAUUUAUUGUUUGACAGGAGUGUACACUCUACCACUGACGACUGUGAGAUUUAAGGACCAACAUGCCUGGAAUGGGCAGUGCCGCAUUCUGCUCUGUUUGCGACAAAUCCUUCAACGUCCGAGAUUUACGGCAGGGAGCGGGGCAGAGGCUCCCUCGCCUGUUGGGCUGUGGCCAUGCCGCGUGCGAACAAUGCGUACGUGUGUCUCUAAACGACAAGAGCAAAAAGUCGAUUGUGUGUGGGCUUUGCAAGUAUGAGACCCCUUGCUGUGGCACGUUGAUGGAGCUGGACAGCCAGUUCCCCCUUCACCUUUACAUCAUCGGCCAAGCAUUGGUCAGAGCUAACAGGAAAGAUAUGGCAGAACCUGAAUUCGUCUUCCAACCACCAAAACCCCAGAUUACAUCCUCUUCCAGUUCCAAGAAAGUUAAAUGCGACGAGUGUGAGUCGGCUACUGCGGUUUGUAUCUGCAAGAAAUGCUCUAAUUCACCAUACUGUGAUAGUUGUUUUACAACUAUUCACUCCGUAUCAAAGUCCUUGCGGUCUCAUCAGCGUGAUUCCUUGUAUACAUGUGCCAUAAUGUGCCUGGCACACCCAGAAAAUAUAUCUGAGAUGUUCUGCACAACCUGUAUGGAGAAUAUAUGUAGUAAAUGUUGUGUUAUGACCCACAAGGAUCAUGAUUUUGUUGAACGGACCACCAAGAAUGAAGAAUUGCUGCCAGCCAUCCAGGAGGCUAUGGAUCGAGCUGAACUUAUAAAGCUGAGACUCAAGAUGUCAUUGAAGGAGGCGCGGGAGUUGUCGCGCGGCGGCUCGGCCCUCAAGGCCAGGACGGUGCUGGCCGCGGCGGAGCGCGACCUGGUGCAGCAUGCGGUGCUUCUGCACGGCCAGCUCCAGCUGCAGGAGGGCAGGGCGGCGGCUCUUCUGGCCGAGAAGCGUUCCGAGGGCGAGGCCCGCUGUCGCGACGUCGAGGCGAGCUUGGCGGCGGCUCUGGCCGAGCUGGGUGACGCGAUCAAGGCGGCGCACUCCUGCACGACGCCGGAGAACUUGCCCACCGCGGACCUGGAGGCGGCGAAGAGCCGCCUGGACAGGGCGCUGGCUGUGCCUUGCCACUUGGUGCACGGAGACAUCGCAGCUCAGGUUCGUGUGGCGUUUAGAGACCAGCUAAAUGACAUUAUUAGUGUCGAUAUUUCGAAAGAUGCGAUGAUGUGCCUGUCGACUGAGGAGGAUCUUCCAGCAUCUUAUGUAAUUCCUCCGUUGGAUGUGUCACCUGACUCUCUGGAACAAAACCAGAGUAACAAAUCUUUAUCUUCUCAAAACUCUACGUGCUCAUCACAAUCUUCAACUUUCCCACUACUGGUACCAGCGGGUAUGAAAACUACCACCAAAACAUCCCUUCAAUUUUCUGAUCCAUUAAAUGUGUUCUCCAGAGAGUCAACCUCUGGAGUAAUCGUCACUCACAUUAAAAAUCCGUCCGAGUUUUAUGUCAUCAUGGCAUCUGCCCAUGAAAAGCUGACAAAGCUAUCCAAAAUCAUCAGCAAAUUUGCUAUGAAGUCUGAACCUGCCAGAUCCAUUGAGCAUGGCAAACUAUAUGCUGUAAAGGCAUCAGACAAGUCGUGGUAUCGAGGAAUAGUUAUACCAACUGAAAAUAAUAGAGAAGUGCAGGAUCAUUACAUUAAAUUUGUGGACUAUGGAAGUAUUGAAAAAGUUACCGGUGACAUUAUAAGGGAACUACCCUGUCAGUACACAGCACUCCCUGCUCAAGCAGUGAAGUGCUCCUUGCUUCAUACAUUUCCGCCCAGUGGGCACUGGGAUCAAAGUGCACUGAAUGUAAUGGCAAAAUUAACGCAAGGUAUUUUGUGGAUGCAUGUGAUGGAAACUUCUCCUGACAAAAUCCAGGUAGACUUGUUCCCUAUGACAGGCGACGGUUCAGCGCCCUCAUCCCUUCGUGACACAAUCGUUCAUCUAGGGGUUGGUUCGUUCCAAGAGGCUGGGGAGUUGCCUGCCGUUUCCUCUCAGAGAAAAUACCCUAAACAUGCUGAUCUUCCAUUGGGUGUGCUGAAUGGACAUGUUCUGAUUUCAUCAUGGCUUACUCCUUCUCACUUUUACGUACAGAAGGAUCUAAGCAUCACCAAACACAUUUCGGACAUGAUUUCCUCUUAUCUUUCUGUGGAAGACAAUGAAAGCAGACCAGUCAAUCCCUACAUUGGAAUGCCCUGUCUGGGAAAGUAUUCUGAUGGAAAUUGGUAUCGAGCCCGCAUCACAAGUUUAAGCACACCUGGAUAUGCAAAAGUUUUCUUUGUUGAUUAUGGAAACUCUGACAUUGUGGAUUAUGGCAAGAUUAAUUAUGUACCUGAGAGUUUAUUACCUAUACCAGAGCUGGCUGUGCCAUGUUCUUUACAUGAAGUGGCUCCAUUGAAUGAUCAUGGAUAUUCGCCAGAAUGUUUGGAGUACACUAGGCAAUUCGAAGAUACGCUUUUGAAAAUGGAGGUAGUUUCUCAGGAAAAAGAUCAUUACAAGGUCUUCCUUUACAUGGUAGAAGAAAAUAACACUCUUUGUAUCAAUGGCCUCCUUGUCCAGAACAAAUUUGCCCAAAGCACUGGCCACAGGUCCUUGUUAUCAGAAUAUCAAAAGGAUGAAGAAGAUUUAAUUCUAGCCAAGAAAGAACACAAGGAAAUGACUUGUAACAUCAGACUUUCAAGCCGCAGAAAAAUAUUGAACAAGCAUCAAAUUGGAUAUUUUGACUCCUCAAACUCUGAUGAAGACAGUGCAGAGAAAUUGCCAAAUACUAGAAUCUGUAAAACCACUGAAAAGAGAAACAGAUUUCUAGAAAAUGAGGAUGAAGAUUUAUUGGUCACAGAACAAGAGAACAAUGAACAGAAAGUACUCUCGCAGAAAGAGAGAGACCUGAUUUCAAGUGAGGCAGAUAGUCUUGAAGAGUCAUCUGGCUCUGUUUCUAGUAAUUGUCUUGGAAAGUCAUCUGGCUCUGUUUCUAGUAAUUGUCUUGGAAAGUCAUCUGUUUCUGUACCUGGUAAUGGCCUUCAAGAGUUGUUUGUAUCUGUUCCUAGUAAUUGCCUUGAAGAGUCAUCUGGUUCUGUUGAAUAUUCAGACCAGCAAGAAGCUGUUGAUAAAGAAUUGAUCAGCUCUGAAAAGAUAGAUGGUUCUGUUUUGAGUAAUUAUUUAAAAUCAGAACAGCCUGAUGCUUGUGCAAUUAAAAGAGGCCAGGAAUCAGUCAAGCUGUUACCAAUUGGUAUUGAAGCUUUGAAUGAAAAGUAUGAUUGCAAUCGUGCUUAUAGUACAGAUGAGAAGUUACACACUCCACCAAGUACAUCAAAAACUUGCUCAUUCAAAAAAAAUUUUAAAAGGCCUUUUAGUUCUGUCCAGUCCAGACUUAAACAGGCACAGAGUUCAGUCAUCCCAGCUCCUCAUCGGUCCCCAGUAAAAGAACAGGUUGUGAUUUUGUCGGCUGAAUCACCAAGCUGCAUUUUUGUCAGGCGCAAAUCAGAAAUGUUUAAAGUUGAAAGCAUGAUAAAGAAUAUGCUACAUUUUUAUGAGGGCGGUGGUCUUCUUAAAGAGUCAUUGAACUGGCGCCCAGAUGUUUCAGAGAAGUGUGCUGUGAAAAGUUCUGUGGACUCUAAAUGGUACAGAGCAGUUGUGUUGGAUGUACUUUCGGAUUCACAGGUUAAGGUAAAUUGUAAAGAUAUUGGAAGAAUUGACAUAGUGUCAUCAGAUUCUAUUCGAAAAUUAGCACCAGUAUUUUUGCAUGGCAUGGAUGGCUCCAUCAAAUGCCAUUUGACCAAUGUCAAACCUGCUGGUGGCAAUGAUGCAGCUUGGUCGUCAAUGGCUUGUGAUACGCUCAACGAAAUUCUGAAGGAGCACAGCUUUAAUCUGUAUUUUACAAAGAAGGGGGAAAUUAAGGACAAAUCUAUACCAGUAUUAUUAUGGGCAUGCAACCUAAUAGCAGAACCUCUGGAGCCUAGCAGAGAGCAUUGGUUCACAAUAAACCAAUAUCUGGUUGAAAGAGGAGCAGCCCUCCCUAUAGACUGGUCACUUAUGGCUGAAAUUUCCCCUUGUGACUACAGUAUUGUAGAGCAAGAUGACUCCUAUGGAGAUCUGAAGGAUUUAAACAGCGAAAGCAGCACCGAGAACGAUGGAAGUGAUGGCGAGGGGGAGAUUCCAAAAAUGAAAGAUAGCUGGCUUCCUGCUAAACAGUUCUUUUCUGAUGAAUUUGAGGGCAAGGCCUCUUAUGUGGACCAUGAUGCUUGUGUUUAUCUCCAAGAUAAUGAAGAUUCAGAAGCACUUAAUAAAGUUUGUAAGCGUUUGAACCGAAUGUUUGUGGAAUCAAAACCAGGGCCUGAAGAUGCCUAUUGGUUUGAGAAUCAAAUGUGUUCUGUAAGGUACCAUGUGGAUGGCAGUUGGUACCGAGGGAAAGUCAUAAAGUUACUGUCGAACAACAUGUUAAUGGUCCAGCUGGUAGACUAUGGUAAUGUAGAGGAGUGCCGAUCAGUUGAAGUCAGGAAGAAAGUUGUUUGUCGAGGCAUUCCUAUACUUGCUCGCAAAUGCCGUGUAAGAGGAUUAAAACCGGUCAGCAAGGAUGGAAGUUGGGAUCUCCAUACACUUGACAUGCUUCACAACCUUGUAGUGGAUCAGCAUUGCAUUAUCAGAGUGUUGAGGGAGCCUACUACUGAAGAUGAUGUACAUGUGGUGGACUUAACUGUGAAAAACCAAGGCAACAUCAAGGACCUUUUGGCUGCAAACAUUCGUCUAUCAGGUAGUUCAGUAAAACCCAAAUUUCAAGCAGUUAAAUCAUUUCUAAGUUCUAAAUUCAUGCCUUUAACUUACUUUGAAGCUGGACCAUUAGAUGACACUGCUGAAUCUGUAUCAACAAAUGACAGCAAUGACAUCGAAAUAGCUUGAAGCAAUCAUCCUCCGCAUGAAUUGCCUGGAAGCUGCUUAACUAAGUGUAUGUGAUUGGCUGCAUAUAAGCUCUUAAGUUGGAAAAAAAUGAAACUUAGAACUAUCAAGUAAAAUGCAUGUUUAAAAUAAGAAAUACAGUUUGAAUAAUUUGAUUACAAUAAAUCGUAAUUUCAUUUGUACUCUGACCUAGCAUUAAAAUAUUCAAACAAA